GUUCUCUUUUAAUGCAAUAAAACGCUGCAUUUGUUCAAAAUUUCAGAUAUAGAUAUCAAUUAAAAAUGGGUUACAGUUGUUCAAAAAUUAUGUGUGUAAAGUGUAAACUAUUUGUGAAAAGAGACGUUUGUUUCAUCGACUUGCGCCGAAUUCCGGAGGGGACCUGAAUGCAACACGAUUUGAAACGAGAGAAGAAGAUCUGCGCGGGAAGCGUGCCAAACAUGGCGGACGAAAACCCGUUGGGAGCCAUUUUCAACUCAAGAUAAAGGACAGUGAACGCACCACAAGUUGGGCAGUUCUCAGUUAUCGCCAAGGCAGCCUGAUGAUCCAGCUGCCGCGCGCGCUGACAGGGAUACAAGUAACGUAGACGCCUGGAGCCGGACACACUCGGAGAGCGAACUUUCCCCCCGCGCAGCCGCACUCAUGUGAUUUCCACAGCUUGGAGCCAUGUCCAAGAGCCUGAAGAAGAGAAAGAACCACUGGACCAACAAAGUCCACGAGAGUGUCCUCUGCAGGAAUGAGGAGGGGGAGCUGGGGUUGGAGUUGAAGGGCGGCGCAGAGAAUGGACAGUUCCCGGUUAUCGGCGAGCUCCCGCCGGGGAGAGCGGUGUGCCACAGCGGCAAACUCUUCCAGGACGAACUCCUGCUGGAAGUCAAUGACACCCCCGUGGCCGGACUCACCACCAGGGACGUCCACGCGGUGGUCAAACACAGUAAAGAGCCCGUCCGGAUCAAGUGUGUCAAACAAGGAGGCGUGAUAGACAAAGACCUGCGUCACUACCUCAGCCUGCGCUUCCAGAAAGGAUCGGUGGACCACGAACUGCAGCAGAUCAUCCGGGACAACCUCUACCUGCGCACCGUCCCCUGCACCACCAGGCAGCCCAAAGAAGGAGAGGUCCCCGGGGUGGAUUAUAAUUUCGUGACCGUCGACCGGUUUAUGGAAUUGGAGAAAAGCGGCGCCCUGCUUGAAAGCGGAACGUACGAAGAUAAUUUCUACGGGACCCCAAAGCCUCCGGCCGAGCCCAGCGCUCUGCUGCUCAAUGUAACAGACCAGCUGCUGCCGGGCGCCAGACCGAGCUCCGAGGGCAAGAGGAAGCGUAACAAGUCAGUGAGCAACAUGGAAAAGGCCAGCAUCGAGCCCCCCGAGGAGGAGGAGGAGGAAAAGCCCAUUGUCAACGGCAACGGCGUCGCAGUCACCCCAGAGUCCAGCGAACAUGAGGACAAGAGCACGGACGCUUCAGGGGAUCUCCCCCCGCCCAUCAACCCGGCCGAGGGUCCAGCAGACGCUCCCAAAGAAGACGGACAGUCCCCCGAGGCGACGGUGCCCAAGCUGGAGGAGAACGACGAGCUAGGGCCGCUUCCAGACAACUGGGAGAUGGCGUACACCGAGAAAGGAGAGGUCUACUUCAUCGACCACAACACUAAGACAACAUCGUGGCUGGACCCGAGGCUAGCCAAGAAGGCGAAACCGCCAGAGGAAUGCAAAGAAGACGAGCUUCCGUACGGCUGGGAGAAAAUCGAUGACCCCAUUUACGGCAGCUACUAUGUGGACCAUAUAAACAGAAGGACCCAGUUUGAGAAUCCGGUUCUGGAGGCGAAGAGGAGACUCCAGGAGCAGCAGCAGAUGCAAAGUCAGGGUCUGUCCUCACUGCCUCUUCCCACCAUCUACAGAGAAAAGCCGCUGUUCACGCGGGACCCCACUCAGCUGAAGGGCAGUUUCUUGUCGACGGCGCUCCAGAAGAGCAACAUGGGCUUCGGGUUCACGAUCAUCGGGGGAGACGAGCCGGACGAAUUCCUGCAGGUGAAGAGCGUCAUCCCCGAUGGGCCGGCUGCAGCCGACGGGAAGAUGGCUACAGGUGACGUCAUCGUCUACAUCAACGACGUCUGCGUUCUGGGAACGACCCACGCCGACGUGGUCAAAAUCUUUCAGUCCAUACCCAUCGGCCAAAGCGUGACCCUCGUUCUGUGCCGCGGCUACCCGUUGCCGUACGACCCGGAGGACGCGGCCAACUCCACCAACACGGCCACCACCCUGAUCUCGCCGCUGGGCAUCAUGGAGCAGCGGCCCAUCAUGGUGAACGGCCGGACGGGCUACGACAACUACUUGGAGUACCUGAGCCGCACGGCGCGUUUCAUCCCGGACCCCGGUCAGGAGCAGGUCAACGCCCAGCAGCAGCAGCUGCUCAGCACUCACCCGGGCGACACCCACCUGGACGGCUCGCUUCCCGCCACCGGCAACACGCCCCCCGACAGCGUCUCCAUGGCGUCCUCGACGCAAGGCGAGCUGCUGACCGUGGCGAUGGUGAAGGGCGUGGAGGGUUUUGGCUUCACGAUCGCGGACACCAUCACGGGACAGCGGGUCAAGCAGGUCCUGGAGCCCCAGGGCUGCCCGGGCCUGUGCGAGGGCGACCUGAUCGUGGAGAUCAACAAGCAGCCCGUGCAGGGCUUCACUCACACGCAGGUGGUGGAGCUGCUCAAAGAGUGCGCCGUGGGAGCCGAGGCCAGCAUGGUGGUUCAGAGAGGCGGCACAGGUCACUAUUCACCCUGGAAGACCCCGAAGCAGGUGCUGCAGCAGUGGGAGUCCCAGCAGGGUCCGAGCGGCCCCGCUCAGACCAGCCUCUCAGCCCCCGCCACCCCCCACAACUCCCACUUCACAACACACCACCUUCACAGGGCUUCGGUCCCAGACUCCGAGGCCAAACCAGACCCCUAUGACCUAUUUGAGAAGUCCAGGGCUAUCUAUGAGAGUAGGCAACCCAACCAGCCGAGGACGGUUUAUCCUGUGGAUUCUUCUGGGUCGGAGUUCCAGGACAUGGAGGUCCACCUGCGCAGACAGAAGUCGGGGUUUGGAUUCAGGGUGCUGGGCGGUGAUGAGGCCGGGCAGCCUGUGAGUCCGGAGACCCGUGAGAAGAUCCUGAUCGGAGCCAUCAUAGAGAAGAGUCCGGCAGACGUGGACGGGCGGUUGCGGCCCGGCGACGAGCUGCUCUUCGUGGAUGGGAUCCCGGUGAUGGGGAAGCCACACAGAUACGUCAUCGAUUUGAUGCACGCGGCGGCGCGGAACGGCCAGGUGAACCUGGUCAUCAGGAGGAGGGAUCUGGCGACAGGUGAGUCCUGUCCGGUGAACGGCCGCAGCCCGGGUUCCGUCUCCACGCAGCACAGCUCCCCUCGCAGCGACCUCACAUAUGCAAACAGCAUCAACGCAGCCCCGCCUCCCAACACGACCGCCGGCAACACUGCCCCCACUUCAGACGGGACGUCGACCGCCAAAACGCAGCCGAGUGACGUCGCAAUCAGCCGGAAGGAAAGCGAAGGCUUCGGCUUCGUCAUCAUCAGCUCGCUGAACCGUCCGGAAACGGCUGCGAGCAACACUGUGCCGCACAAAAUCGGCCGCAUCAUCGAGGGCAGCCCAGCCGACCGCUGUGGGAAGCUGAAGGUGGGGGACAGGAUCCUGGCGGUGAACGGCCAGUCCAUCGUCAGCAUGCCGCACGCCGACAUCGUGAAGCUGAUCAAAGACGCCGGCCUGAGCGUGUCCCUGAGGAUCAUCCCGCAUGAAGAGAUGAGCAACCCUCCAUCAGCCCCCACCUCGGAGAAACAGAGCCCCAUGGCUCAGCCGCACAGCCCCAAGACCCAGAUCAACUCCACCGCCCCCCAGCCCAGCCAGACGGGGACAGAACCGAGCCCCCCGGUCAGCCAAACCAACCCGGUGCCCCAUCAGAGUCCAGUGACCCAGCUGCCCGCCCCCCCACCUCAAACCUACACCCACGAGAGCAGUUACAGAUCUGAGGUGAAGGCCAGGCAGGACGUCAAACCCGACAUCCGACAACCGCCGUUCACAGACUACCGCCAGCCACCGGUGGAUUACCGGCACCCUCCUGUGGCGGAUUACCGGCAGCCCCCCACGCUGGACUACAGGCACCCGCCGCUUCACUACAGGCAGUUAGCCGCAGACGCCCGACAGUUUGCCCUCCCAGACUACAGAAUGCCUCCAGUUCAGCUUUCGCAGGACUUUGACUUCUUCACAGUGGAGUUGGAAAAAAGCGUCAAAGGUUUCGGUUUCAGCAUCCGCGGAGGCCGGGAGUACAAAAUGGACCUGUUUGUCUUGAGGCUGGCAGAGGACGGUCCGGCUAUUCGCAACGGCAGGAUGAGGGUCGGGGACCAAAUCAUUGAAAUCAACGGGGAAACCACGCGGGACAUGACCCACGCCAGAGCCAUCGAGCUCAUCAAAUCCGGCGGCCGGCGUGUCCGUCUGCUCCUGAAGAGGGGCACAGGGCAGGUCCCGGAGUACGACAGUGCAGCCCCAUGGGACGCUCGCCCUUCAGCCUCCCCAAGCCUGCAGGAAGUAGCCCCCAUAAUCGACAGCCUCUCUAUGCCAUCGCCUUCAUCUCAUCUGGUCUCAGAACCUCCUCAUCUGCCACCUCCGGACCUGAGUCGGGACAUCGCGGCACGAGACGGCAGGACGGAGCGUGCCAGGAGCCCCCAGAAAGCCGAGCUGCUAAACCGAGAGCCCAUUGGUCAGGGCAGGAGAGGGGGGAGCAGCAGAGCCCACGGCGAGGGUGGCCGGUCCACCCAAAAGGGUCCCAGGACGCAGCCCGCUACCGACGGAGAGGGAGCCCGGGAGGAGCCCAAACCUUCCAGGAGCGGCAGAGGAAGGUCCAAGGAGAGGAGCGCCGCCGACAGCAGAGACUCCGCCCACUCCCCCAGCGGCUCCGGGCUCCCGCACCCCAACGGCACCGGCAGGGACGAGGCGGAGCGCUGGAGCGGCCGGAAGCAGGGCAAGCCGGACGCCGCCAACAAGAGCGGCGCAGCAGCGGGGAGGAAGAGCGCCGUCUCCCCCGGGCCCUGGAAGAUCCCCGGAUCCGACAAGCUGCCCAGCACGCUGCGCGCCGGCACGUCCACGCUCAGCAGAUAACGGAACAGAACCACCCCCCACAUCUGGACCCAACCACCACUCUCUCACCCCCAUCCUGCAGACGGACGAGCGGGCGGGACAAACUUUUAUUUAUAGAAGCGUAUCUUAAAUUAUUCUAAGACAAACGUACACCCACCACCUUAAGAACUCUUCCACCGUCAGGAGACGACGAGCGGCUCCGGCGCGGCGGCCGGACGGGAUUUGUUUCAUAUGUACAGUUCAGAGCGGAGUCUAUUUUAUGACGCGGGAUGUUUUUAACCAGAGCGACAGCAGAGGUGAGAUCCACUCAUCAGCAGAGCCUUAACCGACUGUGGUCCAUCAGGUGAUCUAGAGAUUUAUUGAAUAUGCGGGAGCUUCUUUUGUAAAUAGAUUCACUCUAAAGACCUUUACGGGACGGGAGGUGGAGCGGAACAGACGACUGUUUUGGCUUCCAUUUUUCUCCUUUUUGUUAUUUUUGUUUGACGGCGGCGUCCAGCUGGACGCUGAGAGGAGGAGGAGCGGAUGGAGGCGCAGAGUGCCUUAGUCUGACAGAAUCUGGUUUUUAAUGUUUCAGCUGCUACUUCACCCACAUCUGGACCAUCAUGAGGAUUUUUGAAGUUUCUGCUGGAAGAACUUCUCCAAAAGGGGGCGUCGCCACAGUCUAGAUCAAAAAGUCCCACUCUGAUCAACUUUUGAUUUGUCCUAAAAUUGUUUGGUUUUUGUGUCGUUUUGGACAUAGCAGAAGUUUUAGUAGAAAUUCACCUCUGAGUUGUGGGUGGGGCUUUAGCAGGGAGCUUGUGGCCCCGCCCAACGAAUCUUCUACAUCACCAAUAUGCUUUUUUUUAAACGGCAUUUCUGCAUCUGCUUCUGCUUCACAACUAUUUGAAUAAAUAAAUACUCAGAAAUCCAUUUUAAAGCUUAACUUUCAUAAUAAAUGCCAGAAGAACAUGUUAAAAACACAAAAAAAAAUGAUUUUUUUAUCAGUGGGACUUUCAGCUGGACGUGUGCGACCUGAAUAAACGUCCCCCUGUGAAUUGA